AUGUCGACGGCGUCUGCUCGCUCCAGCGGUGUCAACCGCCGAUUGACUGAUCUCCAGAAUGAAUCCAAGCACUCGCAUUCCCGCAGCCUGUCCAACACUCGCAGGCGACUGUUGAGCUCAGCUGAUGCAUAUUCUUAUGCACUCCGUGUUGCUUUUCUGUCGCACUUGCUUCAGCCGCGAGCACGUCGUACGCAAAAAGUACAGGACUCGUCCAACCAUGUUCGCCGGUCAUCGUCUUCGUUCCAAGACCUGUUGGGCGAUUUCGUUCGUCUGAGAGACUCGAAAAGUACGAGAUUCCCGCAUGGAUUCAUUGCGGAGUUGGAGAAGAGGCUCACAGGCAUACUGGUUGGCAAGGAAAGGAGGAAGGAGUACCAGGAUCCGGUGGUUAUACGAACGUUUGCCAUUUUCCUCAAUGCCUUGAAAGAACAGACUUUCAAGCGGCGAAUGGAACAAGAUCGUCGUGUUGAAGACCUCGUCCUUAUUUUCUUCUCUAACGCCACAAAGGAACUUGGAAAGGGGAAGGAUCCCGGCGAUGACAGUUGGAGUCUUAUGGUCGACCGACAUGUUGCGCUUUUUGUCCGCCUCAUUACGCUGAUCCUCAAAGAGCAUGAUUGGGCUAAGGACAGACCGGAGCUCACCAGCAGGCUAGCAGUCCUGGAGGCCAAGUUGCUGGCCCACGACCAAGACCUCGCAGAAACAAACGGAUCUUCCAAGACUAUCGAGACUAUUGCGCCCGUUAGUUACGAUGUCAAAGACAUGGCGUUGGUACCGUUCGUCGCGAGGAUAUUUGGAAUUAGCUCUUUUCAAACACAGGACGAUAUCAACAGAAACAAAAAUGAAUGGACUGCAAAGGCUGCCCUUCAGGAUCUGAAAAAUUACCAAGCGCACCUGAGUCUCAAGACUGGAAGAACGCUGUCCAGAGACGAUUUUCCCGAUGAUGAGUCUUACGAGACGUGGAAACGUGGCGAGGGGCCGGACCUUUCGCAAAUGAUGCUGGCAAUUGUACAGUCGAAUCCAGAACUCGCGAAGAGCACACCGGGUGGUGCGCUGCCACAAUUCAAUGCCUUAGCACAAGACACGGCAGCAAUAAACUCCAACUUUGUGGAUUCGUCACCUCAAACUCCCAACAGAUCAAAUCGCAUUUCGUAUGUCAUUGAUCAACCUAUUGAUCUGAGCUCGCUGUCACUGGUUGAUGAAGCAGAGUCUGAUCACGUCUACACUUUCAUACCGUCUGAUCCACGAUCUCUUUACCGCGCAAUACUAUCUCGCGCUUUGAUGUAUGAUAUCCGGGACCAGAAACUGGAAGCUACCGAGGCAACAUCCGAAAUACCAUCACUAAAGCUGUUGUCGAAGCAAUCAACGGAACUGUUGAAUGAGAUAUGCUUGCGUUGGCGGAUACCAGCCUCCUCCCGGGUUGUUCUGUUUCUAGACGUCAUUCGAGAGAAGUUCGUGGAUCAGCAGAUUGAUAUCAAGACCGUCGAUGCAGCUUUUACUUUCAUCAAGGAGCCCCCCGCGCAGGAAGGGAAGAAACGCAACAGUCUUCUCACAUCUGUGGUCUUCGACAGGAAGCGUUGGAUUACGCCUGAUAUGUCACUGAUGCGUGACCUAUUAUCUGCGUUGCAAGAGGCUCUUUUGCGGGAACUAUACGAUGUGAUGAUGCACUGCUAUGACUCCAAGCCUCAUCCAAUCGGUCCAGUCAUGUAUAUACUGGACAACCAUGUUCGACUGGACCCUCAGUUUGAAGAUACUCCUGAUAAAUUGGAUGGGUUUGCUAAGUAUGUUACAGAUGGCCUUACUGAGAAAGCGAAAGAGUGUUAUCAGAGGCUACUUGAUGCGGCUAUUCCGGCCGAUCACCUGGAAUGGGAGGCAUAUAAUGUUACUCAACUAGGGGACUCGAUCAUGCAGCUAGGAAAGAAAAUCCAGAAGCGCUACAAAAAUAAUCCAGUUAUUCUUGGCGUCAAUCCGCUUGAUAUUCUACUCAGUUGUGUGCUCCCAAUGUACGCAAGUGAUGCACACGAGAUUAUCCUAAGGAUUAUGGAGCGCGCAAAAGAACAAGGAACAGAGAUCCCUGUUGAAGAUGGAUUUGACCUUUACAAAGGGCUCUCUGCUGUCAGGCGUCUGCAUAUGAAUGCACUUCCGGGGGUUCCGUUCUCGAUUCCUAUUGAGACACUACUGUCCAACUUCGUCUGGCGGUGGAUCCAACAGACGGAUGGCAAGUUUAUGGAAUGGGUUGAGCAGGCUGCCAGACAAGAUGCUUUUACUGUUCGGAGCGAUGAUCCCAAUAACCUGCCACCGGAUGACUUGCGGCACAGUGUCUCUGUAAUAGACAUAUUUCGCUCGUUCAAUCAAGUUGUUGAAGAGCUGAAGAAUCUAGAGUGGGAAGAUGACCUUCAGUACGCCAAGUUCAUGACCACAUUAUCUAAAUCAGUCGAAAGAGCUGUUGGCAGGUACUGUGAGUUACUGGAAUUGUCGUUCACCAAAGAAAUGGAUCGAUUGUCUCCGGAUCAAGAGGCUUCUAUGGGUCAAUCCAGACAGGAGAAAUUCAUGCAAAUGGCCAAGGAAGCAUGGAACAACAAGGACAAGAUGGAGCCGUUCCAAUUUCUUCCGGAGUCCCUCGUCAAGCUGAAUAACAUUGAAUACGCGGUUGCACAACUCGAUAAAUUGGAAAAGGAGAUCAAUGUAGACGGCUGUGCGGAUGUCAUUGCGAAGAAUACGCCACCAGUCGCUCAACAGAAGAUUCGCAAAGCAACCACCUACGUGUUCACGGUGAAAAUCGUCGAGGGCGAGGACUUGAAGGCUUGUGACAUUAACGGCUGGAGCGACCCAUAUGUCGUUUUGACAGACGAAUAUCAAAAACGCAUAGCCAAGACUCGCAUUGUCUAUCGCAAUUUGAACCCUCGGUGGGAGGAUUCUGUUGACAUCACAACCAAAGGGCCGUUGAAUAUCAUCGCUACUGUCUGGGACUGGGAUGCAGUGGGGGACCAUGAUUACGUGGGACGCACAUCGCUGAAACUGGACCCUGCUCAUUUCAGCGAUUUUCUUCCUAGAGAGUUCUGGCUUGACCUAGACACGCAAGGACGAGUGCUGCUGCGAGUCGGCAUGGAGGGUGAACGCGACGACAUCCAAUUCCAUUUUGGAAAAUGCUUCCGGACGUUGAAGCGGACUGAGAAAGAAAUGACGCGGAAAAUCACUGAAAAGCUCUCCGCGUAUAUCAGUGACAGUCUUUCUCGCCGGGCUCUCAAAGCUCUGCUGAAUCGCGGUGGACUGACAAUUUCGAGUUUCCUCAGUCGAACGCGCUCAGGGAACACAACAACAGCACCAACACAAGACGAAAUAGAAACCGCCCUGGGACCCUUAUUUACCUAUUUCAACGACAACUUCGAAAUCAUGAACCAAACCCUUACCUCGGAAGCGAUGAAAAUGGUCAUGGCUCGACUCUGGAAGGAAGUCCUCGUAACCAUAGAGGGCUUACUCGUACCUCCCCUCUCAGACAAGCCUUCGCACCAGAAGCCCCUCACCCAGCAAGAAGUAGACAUUGUCUCCAAAUGGCUCGAACUUCUCCUACUAUUCUUCCAAGUACCCGACGAGGUCACCGGCGAAGCAAACGGCGUGCAACUCGACAUCCUUAAAUCACCCAAAUACCACGAAAUUCAAUCCCUCAUCUUCUUCUACUUCGAGUCCACAGACACCCUGAUCCGCACCUCUGAGCGCAUGGCAUCAGCCAACGCCGCACGCCAGCAAGCAAACAAAAACCGCAUGCCACCAGCAUCCACAGCCACAGCCGGUGGCAUGCUCAGCGCCGGCGUCCCCGUCGGGCGCGCAAAGAGCAUCAUGUACGUCCGCAACAUGGGCACAAUGCGCAAAGCCAAAGCAGAGAAAUGGCGCGAAGCGCAGGCCGAUCCAAACGACGACAUGAUCCUGAGAAUCCUGCGCAUGAGACCCGAGGCAACGGGGUAUCUGCGCGAUCGCAGUCGGCAAAAGGAGAGAUUGGCUGCGGCCGCGGCGGCAGAUGCGAUUGUGAAGCAGAGUCUUGUUGCUAGUAGUGGGGGACGGAUGACGGGGACGUUGAAGAGGUGGUGA